UGCAUAUACUAUUACUUAUUUUGUCUAUGCACGGCCAAAAUAAAAUCAAUAUGGCCGACUUUUACCGGUUGGUUUCUCUGUUUUGAUAUUUUGUUAAAAUUAUCAGUACUGUGCUUCUUACCUAAUAGCACAGCAGAAAACUGAUUCUAAAAUUCUCAAGUUAGUAAUUGGCAACAAUAAAUAUGGAAGCGCUUAUACCAGUUAUUAAUAAAUUACAAGACGUUUUUAAUACAGUUGGUGCUGAUGCCAUUCAAUUACCUCAAAUAAUAGUUUUAGGAACACAGAGUUCUGGCAAGAGUUCUGUGAUCGAGAGCCUCGUGGGCCGCUCAUUCCUGCCUCGAGGACCGGGCAUUGUCACCCGGCGACCACUUGUCUUGCAAUUGGUGUAUAGCCCUAAAGACAGCAAGGAGCAUCGUUCAGCAGAAGAAGUAUUAAGACAUCAGAAUACUGAGGCAACAACAUGGAACCCAAUUACUCAGCUGUCUCAUUCAAUAUUCAGUAAAGGUACAAUAAAUUUAGAAGAAUGGGGUAAAUUUCUUCAUACAAAGGACAAGGUCUAUACAGAUUUCGAAGCCAUACGACAAGAAAUAGAACGCGAAACUGACCGCAUGGCUGGUAGCAAUAAGGGUAUCUGUCCAGAGCCUAUUAGUCUCAAAAUAUACUCGACAACAGUUGUCAACCUUACACUAGUUGACCUACCUGGAAUUACAAAGAUACCAAUAGGUGACCAACCAGAAGAUAUUGAGAACCAGAUUCGCAACCUCAUUAUUAAAUAUAUUUCCAAUCCCAAUUCUAUUAUUCUGGCUGUAACUGCUGCUAACACCGAUAUGGCAACCAGUGAAGCCAUUAAAAUGGCUAAAGAAGUGGAUACUGAUGGUCGAAGGACCCUAGCUGUAGUUACUAAACUUGAUCUUAUGGAUGCAGGAACUGAUGCCAUAGACAUCCUGUGUGGGCGAGUAAUCCCUGUAAAACUGGGCAUCAUUGGCGUUGUAAACAGAUCUCAACAAGACAUUAUAGAUAAGAAAACUAUUUCGGACGCUCUGAAAGAUGAAGCAACAUAUCUCCAAAGGAAGUAUCCAACUAUAGCUACUCGCAAUGGUACUCCAUACUUGGCUAAGACAUUGAAUAGACUGCUUAUGCAUCAUAUAAGGGAUUGCUUACCGGAAUUAAAGGUGCGUGUUAACGUAAUGAUAUCUCAGUUCCAAUCUUUACUCAACUCAUAUGGAGACGAUGUGUCAGACAAGUCACAAACUUUGUUACAAAUUAUCACCAAGUUCGCCAGCGCAUACUGUUCGACAAUAGAGGGCACGGCGAGGAACAUAGAAACCACCGAACUGUGUGGAGGGGCAAGAAUUUGUUACAUAUUUCAUGAGACGUUUGGCCGUACUCUGGACUCAAUUCACCCUUUAGUCGGUUUAACUCGCAUGGACAUACUGACGGCGAUACGUAACGCGACUGGCCCGCGGCCCGCCUUGUUCGUGCCAGAGGUCUCAUUUGAAUUGCUAGUCAAAAGACAAAUUAGGCGAUUAGAAGACCCAUCAUUACGCUGCGUUGAAUUGGUCCACGAAGAAAUGCAACGGAUAGUGCAACACUGCGGUACUGAAGUGCAGCAAGAGAUGCUGCGAUUUCCCCGGCUUCACCAGCGCAUCGUAGACGUCGUCACACAAUUACUCCGUACCAGACUGCCGGCUACCAACUCUAUGGUUGAGAACCUAGUCGCUAUUGAAUUGGCGUAUAUCAACACCAAGCAUCCGGACUUCCACCGUGAGGCUGCUCUCGUCUCUGGCCUACUGAAGAGUACAGACGGCUUGAUUGACGAGAACAGCCCCAUAUUCAGACAGAAGACACCACGCGCCACCCCCUCACCGGGAACGGUGGGCGCCUUCUAUAAUCUAUUUCUUCAACAAAUGGGCGAAAGAGGGUCCACUCUAGUAUUCUUGGCAAAUGUAGUGGACUCAUACAAUCAGCAUGUCGCUGCGAUCACAGAUGGUCAUGAGAACAAGUCUCCCAAUAACAGUGAUUCUCCAGCCACUCCACAGAUGAACGGCACUCCAGAGAAUAAGGUUCUGACUCCUCAAAAGCCUGUUAACCUGCUACCGGAGGUGCCAAGCCAGACGUCGCGCAAGCUUUCCGAUCGAGAACAGCAUGACUGCGAUGUUAUUGGUGGACGGAGUGAGAACACAACAGUACUAAACGCUUACUCAAAAACAAAUGACGUCAUCACCAUGAUGCAUUUGAACCAAAUGGGUGACCUAGUUGAGCGACUGAUCAAAUCAUACUUCUAUAUUGUGCGCAAGUCGAUCCAAGAUUCGGUACCAAAAGCAGUGAUGCACUUUUUGGUGAAUUACGUCAAGGACAAUCUCCAGUCUGAACUAGUGACACACCUGUAUAAGUCAGAUCAAGCAGAGAGCUUGCUCAACGAAUCUGAACACAUCGCACAGAGAAGAAAGGAAGCCGCGGACAUGCUCAAGGCUCUGCAACGUGCCGGACAAAUUAUUAGUGAGAUCCGAGAGACACAUAUGUGGUGAUGGCCGUCGAACGAAGGACUAGUCUGUGAAUUAGUUAAUUGAGCCAUCAGCUCUGUACAUACUCCUUUAGUGUAGGUAAAUUAUGUGCAUUAGGCUUUUAUAUUUACAAUACAUGCUCCCCAUACAUUUGCUUUUACAAUGGUACUUUCUGCAGCUCUCUGUUGCUAUGUAUUAGUUAGUUUAUUUAUGGUUAUUGAACCGGUAAAUUUAUCGAUUAAAAAAUGAACCAAAAAUUCGAGUCAAAGCGGAAUACUUAGAAGCAAAUGCAUGGUUGGUGUAGUUACACUUUUUUAAAAAAAAAACAAGCACUGUGUUUACAGCGUAGCUGUUUUAAUACCUAUGUAUAUCCUAAAAUUUAGGACAUUUUUACGGGGAUCCUUUUAUGUUUGGAGUUAAGUACUUAUUUGAUAGUAAUUUGUUAUUACAUACUCAUUAUUACAAAACAGUGCCAAUUGUUAUUUUGUGGUCUGUUUUAUGGAUUAUUGCACAAAUGUAAUGCUGUAUAACUUCAGUUACCAUUUCAUUAUUGCUUAUUUGUAAGAUGCACAUAAGGUAGGCUAACUUUGAAGUGUACUCAGUGCUACAUAAUAUUCAUAUGGAGUGAUAUUAUUAACUCGAUUCAUGUAUUUGUGGAUUGUCUUAUAGUUCAUUAAUUGUAGACGAUUCUAAAAUUAUACACAUUUACGAAUAUAAUUCAGAUAUAAACAGGGUUGGUUAUAUUUUAUAUUUAUGUUAAUAUGCGUUUGAAUGCAAACUCGAAAGACAUUUUAGAUUACCCAGGCUAUUUUAUAGAGUUCCUCAUUAAUUUUAAAUAGUAUACUAUGCUGCGUUAUAUUUCGUAUUUUGAGUCAUUAUGUGUCAUCGUCAAAACUUAGUGAUUUAUUUAGUUUAAUUUUAACUUCAAAUAGACUUAGUACUGCAAUGUUAAAACAAUGUAUUUAUUGUUAUAGUCCGAGGUAUGAUUCCCUUUAUGUAAUGAAAGAAACCAAUUGAAUGUUACACAUGGUAAGAUUGUAUUUAAAAGUCUGUUAAUUAAUAAUAUAGAUUGAUUAAUCAUA